AUGGAUGAUGGCUUGAGGGCAAUCAAGCCUAUUGCCCAAGGUUGCUUCUUUCUCAAACUCAACUGCGCUUUCUUCAUCGAUGUCAACGCUGAUUUCGUACGAGCUUGUACUGGUCGCUUCACUAGCGGCGAGAACAGCGUUAACAGUCACGUUCUUGGUCAUGUCCUUGCUGGUAUUGGUAGUCUUACCGAAUGCAACGCGUGGUGA